UCUACAUCUCGAAAACUCGUCGCUUAUCUGCAGAAAGAAUGAAACUAAUUAUUAGCGCGUUGGUGCUGGUGCUGGUAUGCACCGUCAGUGCCGACAAGGAUGCAACCGUGCUGCGACAUGACGCAGAAGUCAAUCCGGAUGGUUCAUAUCAGUUUGCGUACGAAACUUCCAACGGAAUCACCCACGAGGAGCAAGGUACCCUGAAGGAUGUCGGCGAAGAGAAAGCUCAGAUUGCUCAAGGUCGUUUCUCGUACACUGACCCUGAGGGAAACAAAAUUUCCCUGCAGUACAUCGCCGACGAGAAUGGAUUCCAACCCCAAGGUGAUCACUUACCAACACCACCACCGAUCCCAGAGCUGAUCGAAAGAGCUCUGCGCAUUCUAGCGGAGAAAUCCCAGCGGAAGUGAAAAAAACACACACACACUAAGUCAAAUAGCUUAAAAUCAAUAAAUUGAUCACUUUA